AAAAAUAUUAAAAACUUAACCUUAACAAAUGUUUCGAAAGCGAAAUUUAUUAAGUUUAAAAUUUCGAAACUGUUUAAAUUUUUUUCAAAAUUUUAGUGAAGAUGCAGCAACAGUCGAAACAAAAUUUAAUAAUGGAAGAAAUAUGCUUUUGUCAACAGGAAAAUAUGCUCGUUUUGCUAAUGCUUCCACAAUAUGUGAAAUGGGGGAUACUUCUGUAAUGGUUACAGCUGUUUCAUCAAAGCAAAAAACAACAAAUUCUUUUACACCUUUAACAAUAGAUUAUCGUUUAAAAUCAGCAGCAGCAGGAAGAAUACCUACAAAUUAUUUUAGACGAGAACUUGGGUCUUCCGAGAAGGAAAUAUUAACGGCACGUUUAGUUGAUAGAUCUAUUAGGCCAUUAUUUUCAAGUGAUUUUAAAUAUGAGACACAGAUUGUUUGCUCAGUGCUAGCAAUGGACAGUAUAUUUUUGCCAGAUAUUCUCGCGAUUAAUGCUGCUUCAACCGCUUUGAGUUUAAGUGAUAUACCAUGGAAUGGUCCAAUAGGAGCAGUAAGAGUAGGUUUGUGUGAUGAUGAAGUUUUAAUAAAUCCAAGUAGAAGAGAAUUGCAAUCUUCAAUAUUAGAUUUAGUAGUUACAGCUACAAAGCAAAAUUUAGUAAUAAUGUUAGAGGGAAAAGGAGAUGUUGUGUCAAUUAAUGAUAUGGCGAAAGCUAUAAGGGUUGGUGUUCAACAGGCCCAAUUAGUAAUUACUUCAAUUGAAAAUUUGCAAAAAACGGCGGGUAAACCUAAACAAGUUGAAGACUUACCUGAAAUAAAUGAAGCAGUUCUUGAAGCGGUAACAAGUAUGAGUGAAAUGCGUUUGAGAGAAGUUUUCCAAGACGAAACUCACGAUAAAACUUCAAGAGAUGUAGCUGUAAAUCAAAUUAAAUCCGAUGUUUUGAAUCGAGUCUGGUCUAAUUUUCCUAAUGAAGAUCCCAUUAAAAUUGGAAAUGUUUUUGGAAAAGUAUGUAAACAAACUUUUAGAAAUGCAAUAUUUGAAGGAAAACGUUGUGAUGGACGUUCAGUUGACGAUUUAAGGAAAAUUUCUUGUCAGAUUGAUUUGCAUAAACCUCUUCAUGGAUCAGCCCUUUUUCAGCGUGGUCAAACACAGGUGUUAUGCACUGUUGCUCUUGACUCUUUAGAAAGUGCUUUGAAAUUGGAUUCUUUAACCUCAAUAGACACCGGUGUUAAAUCUAAAAACUUUAUGUUGCAUUAUGAAUUUCCACCAUAUGCUACAGGAGAAAUAGGUCGUGUUGGGUCAGUGGGAAGGCGUGAAAUUGGUCAUGGAGCAUUGGCUGAAAAAGCACUCGUACCAGUUAUACCAAGCGAUUUUCCAUUCACUAUACGUUUAACAUCUGAAGUUUUAGAAUCUAAUGGUUCAAGUUCAAUGGCAAGUGUAUGUGGCGGUUCACUAGCUUUAAUGGACUCUGGAGUUCCCGUAUCCGGUGCUGUUGCUGGAGUUGCUGUAGGUCUCGUUACUAAAUAUGAUAUUGAUGAUUUCAAACAGUUAUUGGAUUAUAGAUUGUUAACUGAUAUAUCCGGUAUUGAAGAUUACAUGGGCGAUAUGGAUAUGAAAGUAGCUGGGACAAAACAAGGUUUUACUGCUAUACAGUUAGAUUUAAAAAUACCGGGAAUUCCUCUUAAAGUAGUAGUUGAAGCAUUGCAAAAAGGUACUCAAGCUAAGUCAAAAGUAUUGGAAAUAAUGAAUCAAUGUAUACGGGAGUAUCGGAAAGUUCGUAAACAGUCAUGGCCAGUAACUGAAAAAAUUGAACUAGGGCUAACGCAGCGUUCUGCUUUGUUUGGACACGGUGGAAUAAAUGCCAAAAAACUUCAUGUAGAAAUUGGAGUUCAUAUUACUCAAGACGAAAAUAGUUGUAUUACCUUAUUCGCACCCUCCCAGACUGCUUUAGACGAAGCGAAAGAAUUCAUAAGCAAAUUAUCCGAAAAAACCCCAGAUCUAGAAUUCGGUGGAAUAUACAAUGCCAAAAUAGUUGAAAUAAGGGAUAUGGGAGUAAUGGUUACCCUUUAUCCAAACAUGCCCCCAAUACUGCUUCAUAACUCACAAUUAGAUCAAAAAAAGGUAGCCCAUGCCAGUGCUUUAAAUUUAGAGGUAGGGCAAGAAAUUCAAGUUAAAUAUUUCGGGCGUGAUCCAGUUACUGGCUUUAUGCGUAUAUCUAGAAAAGUGCUACAAGGACCAACUGCACCGUUUAUAAAAAAUUUAGAUAAAACUAGUUGAAAUAAAGUACAUACAUACAUAC